GUCGCUGUUUCAGUUGUUUUUACCUACUCGAAGCGUUAGGUACAUACUAAUCGUCUCCGUGCGUUUCGGUGUUCCCCCCAUCGUCGUCGUAUUCGGUAGAAAACGGUCGCAAAAAGACAAACAAACAAAAAACCACAAAAAGCAAGGAGAACGUCAUUCCUGCCAAAUAUCUAGACAUGGGUGUAAUGGUCAGAGUAUUAAUUGCAGGCCUUUGCUUGGGUCUGGCCGCCUUGUAUCAGAAUUACCGUCUACUAAAACAACCCAUUCCUGCACCAAAAUUAGACGAGAAACAAUACUGGGGGCCAGGUAGUGGAGCUGAUUAUAAGGAAGAUGUUUCCAUUAAACCAUUCGAUAUUGCCGCUAAGCCGGAGAUUAUUGAAGAUCUUAAAUUACAACUACAGCGGCCAUACAAAUUGCAUGAUCCAUUGGAAGAUGUGGCAUUCGAAUAUGGUUUCAACUCGAAAUAUUUGCAAAAGGUUAUCAAAUACUGGCGUGAUGAUUAUUUGGCAAAGUGGUCGGAACGUGAAAGUUUUUUGAAAAAAUUCAAUCAUUUCCAAACCGAAAUUCAAGGAUUGAAAAUUCAUUUCAUCCAUGUAAAGCCCAAGAAAACUGAAGGUAAAAAGGUAUUACCCUUACUCUUAUUGCAUGGCUGGCCAGGCUCUGUACGCGAAUUCUACGACAUUAUUCCCUUGUUGACGACACCCAAUGACAAGAGUGACUAUGUCUUUGAAGUUAUUGCUCCCAGCUUGGUUGGUUAUGGUUGGUCGCAGCCUGCUUCUAAGAAAAACUUUGGUCCAGCUGAGAUGUCUGUUGUGAUGCGCAAUCUUAUGUUGCGUUUGGGUCACAACAAAUUCCUCAUCCAAGGCGGUGACUGGGGUUCCAUUAUUGGCUCCAACUUGGCCUCCCUAUUCCCCGAAAACACACUUGGAUACCACUCUAAUAUGUGCGGCACCAUGAGUCCUGUUAGCAUGAUUAAAAUGCUUGCUUCCAACUUCCUACCAAGCUUCUUCUAUGAAAAACAAUAUUCGAAAUUCUUUAAACCUUUGGGCGAUUUCUUCGGCUAUAUGAUGGAAGAAAGUGGCUACAUGCAUCUGCAAGCCACCAAACCUGAUACUAUUGGUACUGCUCUGGCCCAUAAUCCAGUUGGCUUGGCUGCCUACAUCAUGGAAAAAUUCUCCACGUGGACCAAUGUUGAAUUCAAACAUUUACCCGAUGGUGGCCUGACCAAACGUUACACUCUCGACGGUCUGCUCGACAAUGUUAUGAUCUAUUAUCUGACCAAUUCAAUCACGACCUCUCAACGUCUCUAUGCCGAAGCAUUUAACAAGCCACAAAUGGAACUGCAAAUGGAUCGUGUUGCAGUCAAGGCACCAACUGGCUGCGCUCGUUUCCUCCAUGACCUCUGGCACACAACCGAUUGCCAGUUGAAAGACAAGUUCGUGAAUUUGGUUACAAGCACAUACUACGAAGAUGGUGGCCAUUUCGCUGCCAUGGAGUUGCCACAAGUAUUGUACAAUGAUUUCAUCGAAUUUGUUAAGAAAGCUAAUUUAUACACGUCACUACAACAGGUGAUAACAAUGUCGCUCAUAACACGUAUCUUGGUCCUUGCGCUCGCCAUGGGCGGCGGAAUGCUCUACAAGAAAAUCUCCGACACAAUGGGUGAUGUUGAGGCACCCCAACUGCCGCUGAAUCAAUGGUGGGGCGAUGAAGAAGAGCCCAAAGACUGGCAGGCCUAUUUGGCCAAUUCAUCGGAAGUAAUUGGCAAUCGUUUAAUGUAUUCCGAUACGACUCUGGACGAUUUGAAAUCACUACUUAACAGAACUUUGCAUUUAACUGAACCUCUGGAAGAUGUUAACUUCGAAUACGGUUUCAAUUCCAAGUUCUUGCAAGAAUUGGUUGAGUAUUGGCGCGAUGACUAUAUGCCGCGUUGGCGUGAACGUGAAGUUUUCCUAUGGCAGUUCAAUCACUUUACCACCGAUAUUCAAGGCCUACGUAUGCAUUUCCUCCAUUUGAUGGUCUAUGAUGAAUACACCGUCGAUAGACACCAUUAUCCAGUUCUCCUGCUUCAUGGCUGGCCCAGCUCAGUUCGGGAGUUUUAUAGUCUAAUCCAUAAAUUGCAUCAAACGAAAAAGGACAAAAACAACAAAUAUAUCUUCAAUGUCAUUGUGCCAAGUUUGCCAGGAUUUGCUUGGUCACAGGGCACAUCGAAACGUGGUCUUGGUCCAGCUCAAAUCGCUGUAAUGAUGAGAAAUCUGAUGUUACGUUUGGGUUAUAAAAAAUUCUUUAUUCAAGGCGGUGAUUGGGGUUCUAUUAUUGGCUCACACAUUGCCACACUGUUUCCGGAGAAUGUGCUUGGCUACCACUCGAAUAUGUGCACUGUUUCAAGUCCCAAAUCAAUGGUAAAAGGUUUGAUAGCUGGCACUUUCCCUGGACUCUUUGCACCAAAGGGCUACGAAGACUUCUUUUCGCCAGUAUCAGAAAAAAUACAAUAUCUCUUGGAAGAAACUGGUUAUGCCCAUUUACAGUCCACCAAACCCGAUACAUUGGGAAGUGCUUUGCAUGACAAUCCAAUCGGCUUGGCAGCCUAUAUACUGGAAAAAUUCUCAACGUGGACAAAUGCCACCUAUCGUCAUCUGCCCGAUGGUGGUCUCAAGAAACGUUAUAAAUUAGACGCUCUGCUGGAUAAUGUCAUGAUUUAUUAUCUAACAAAUUCCAUUACCACAUCGGUGCGUAUUUACAAAGAGGCAGUGUCCGAGGAACAACGUGCUUUGAAAUUGGAUCGCGUUCCUACGAAUGUACCCACUGGCUGUGCCCGCUUUAAGAAUGAAAUGAUGCAUUUCUUGGAUCUUCAAUUGAAGGAUAAGUACAAAAAUCUGAUACACAGCACCUACUACAAGGAGGGUGGCCACUUUGCGGCCAUGGAGGUUUCAAAUGUGUUAUAUCUAGAUUUUAUUGAAUUUGUUAAGAAAGUGGAGAAGGUGAAGAAAAUUACUGGCUACAAGAGAGAACUGUAAAUAAGACCAUAGUUUUCAAGUCUUAUUUCUUAUUUUUAAAGAUUUUUCAAAAUAAAUAAAAAAAUAUUUUA